AUGUCCGACCAUGAGUUUGGAGGCAGUGAUGACCUCUCUUUACCCAAGGCUACCGUCCAGAAGAUCGUCAGCGAGAUACUGUCGGGGUCGUCAGGCAUUGCGUUUUCAAAGGAAGCCCGCGACAUACUCAUAGAAUGCUGUGUCGAGUUCAUCACCCUCAUCAGCUCUGAGGCGAACGAAAUCUCGGAGAAGGAGGCCAAGAAGACGAUUGCCUGCGAUCACAUCAUAAAGGCACUAGAUCAGCUUGGCUUCCCUGAUUAUGUUCCGGCCGUCCUCGAAGCCGCGGCGGAACACAAGGAAGUUCAAAAAGGGCGUGAAAAGAAGGCAAACAAGCUGGAGCAGAGUGGCAUGACACUGGAGGAGCUGGAGCGCCUGCAGCAAGAACAGUUUGCUGCGGCGGCUGCGAGGCAUAACUAA